AUGGCGCGCGCUCGGAGCCCGUGCGCGGCGCGGCUGUUGCCGCUGCUGCUGGCGGUGCUGCUGGUGGCGCUGCUCGCCGCGCGCAGCGAGGCGUCCAAGCCCAUCACGAACGCGCUGCAGCGCGCGCGACAGAACCUCACGGCCUUCCAGCGCCAGUGGAUCGACCCGGACACGGACCCCAAGUUCUACAACGUGUCGUACACGCUCAUCUUCUCGGACGAGUUCAACAGCUCCAGGCGCACGUUCGAGGCGGGCUUCGACUCCAAGUGGACGGCCAUCGACAUUCGCGACACGACCAACAUGGGCCAGCACUACUUCCUGCCCCAGGCCGUGCAGAUCGACAAGGGCAACCUCAUCAUCACCACCUCCAAGCCCAAGGAGCGCUACCGCGGCGCCAAGUACGUCAGCGGCAGCGUGCAGACCUGGAACAAGUUCUGCUACACUGGCGGCUUUGUCGAGGUCAAGGCCAUCCUUCCCGGUAAGUGGGGCAUCCCCGGCACGUGGCCGGCUAUCUGGCUCAUGGGCAACUUGGGUCGCGCGCCGUUCGGCGGUUCCCUGGACGACACCUGGCCUUGGAGCUUCGACGUGUGCGCCCCCUACGUGGAGAAGGGCGAGAAGGUCAAGCAGAAGAUCAAUGCCUGUGGCAACCUCACCGACAAGCACGACAAGGACUCGUACCCGGAGAGAUACGGCAUGAACCCCUUCCAGGGCCGCGGUGCCUCCGAAAUCGAUGUGAUUGAAGCUCAGAUUCGCGCCCGCGAUGAGCCGGCGUACAUUUCCACUUCGCUCCAGAUCCGCCCCAGUGUCUACGACGAUAUGCGCCCCUCCCCUGACACGCUCCCUGGACCGGGUCAGUGGUACCAAGGCCUCAAGUAUGGCGAGUUCACCAAAAUCAACAGCGCCUACUACGGUGACUUGGGUCUGGACUCCAUCUCUGCCCUGACGCAGCUCGAGUCGAACGCGUUCAAGUCGUACCACUUGUACCGUCUUGACUGGUCGCCCGGUCCGGAGGGAUACAUUCGUUGGUGGAUGGACAACAACUUCUUGUUUGAGAUCCCCGGCGAGGCGUUGAACAGGUGGAUGGGCGGUGUGCCGCCGCGUCAGAUCCCGGUGGAGCCCAGCUAUCUCAUUCUGAGUACGGCCGUCUCGGAGAAGUUCUCGCCGCCGUGUGAGGGUCAGAUCUGUAACUCGCUGUGGCCUUCGAACUUCACGAUCGACUAUGUGCGCGUCUACCAGGGCAACCCGAACCGGUACACGUCGGUGGGGUGCAACCCUCAGGCCUACCCGACAACCGAGUGGAUCUACGCUCACCCUGUCGACUAUGGCCUCCCGUGGUACGUCUUGCUGCGCGUUGACAUCGGCCUCCUCCAGCUGUUCGCGGUGAUCAAUGCCCUGGUGGGCCUCUUCAUGGCUUUCCGUGGCACGUCCCACCCGAAGAUGGCGUCGAUCUACGCCAGCUCGUUGUGGCUCACAGCUUCAUUCUAUGGGGCCCUGAGUGCGGCCGCCCCUGACGAUCUCGCUUGGAUCCAGACCGCGCUUGCUUGCCUUUGUGGCUUGGUUCUGGGCGGCGUCUGCUGCUUGGUGUACCCGGUUUCGCUGGGCGCGAUGCUUGGUUUGUAUGGCGGUGUGAUGGUCAGCCAAUUUGUGCCUCUGCUCUCUACGCGCGUGAUCACUGCCGUUCUUGUGGGUGUGGGUAUCACGCUGGGAGCUGCACCGCAAGUCGACACCAAGCACGUCGUGAUCUUGUCGACUUCGUUGCUCGGCAGUUUGGCGUUCUUGUUGUCGGUGUCGCUUUGGGUGAGCGAGGGCGAUAUUGCUGCGAACGCGUGGGAUCUGGCAGGCUUCGUCUUUAACGGCAACAGCGACGACCACGUCGGCUUCUGCUCGGAGCACUGUUUGGCAAUGUACGUGCUGCUUCUCGUGCUGAGUGCGACUACCACCGCUUUCGGAUACUACCGCAUGCGUGGAGUGACGCUGCGCAACAACACGAUCAGUGCUCGCAAGGCUAAAUUCCCGCCGGUUUCAGCUAGCUCCGACGCUCGGUCUUGGAGACCUGAUGAUGAUGAUGUGUCGGCGUCGGAUAAGAACAUGGUGAACUUCUUUUCCCCCACGAAGCUGCCGCACAACAUGCAACAGUUCAGCACUAUCUUCCGCAUCGCUGUGAACGUGCAGCGCUGCUUUGGUUUCCAGCUGGAUAACUUCCGCAACCAGACGGAGCACAUCGUGGUGCUCCUUACGAACAACACGCGUAAGGGUGGAAACCCGUACCGAAAGCUUCAUGAAUUGGUGUUCUCCAACUACAACAAGUGGUGCUCGAAGCUGGAGAUCCAGCCGCUGAAUUGGAGUGAGCAGCGGGCCCCUCAAGGUGGCCUUACCAGCGUGGACGAGAUCUCAGUGGACUUGUGUCUCUUCUUCUUCAUCUGGGGUGAGGCUAGUAACCUUCGUCACUCUCCGGAGUUCCUGUGUUUCUUGUUCCACAAGAUGAAGGAGGAAUUCCCGUCGAUCCGUCACUCUGAACGCGAAGCUGGACACUUCCUCGACACGGUGGUGACGCCUGUGUAUGGUUUGCUGAGAGCUGAAAUGACGUCCAAGCAUGACCACGAGGAUCGCCACAACUACGACGACUUCAACGAGUUCUUCUGGUCGAAGACAUGCCUGAAAUUUGACUACAAACACGAGGAGGUUCUCGACACCACGUCACCGAGCCCUGCUUUGAUCUAUCAGCAGAAGAAGAAGCAACGCGAGGGACUGGGUGGCUUCAGCAGCCGUGGUGGUCUCAAUGGCGGCGCCAAGAGCAACAACUUCUUCAACAAGCGUAAGAGCAUUGCGGAGGGAUUCACCGAGUCUGCUAAAUCGUUCGUUGAGAAGCGGACGUGGCUCCUCCCGCUGCGCGCCUUCAACCGUAUCUUCAACUUCCACGUGAUCUCGUUCCACUUCUUGGCGGUUCUGGCGUUCGCCAACGAGCAAGAGAUGAAUUUCCAGGACUCGUGCAAGAUCAUCUCGAGCACGCUGAUCACACCCUUCUUGCUGGACAUUCUGCGCGACGGCCUCGAUAUCUUCGCAGUGUAUCAUGUGCAACAGAAGUCGUUCUCGACGGCGCGUAACGUCAUGCGUGUGCUCUUACACCUGGUGCUCGUGGUGGUAUCGACGAUGCUGUAUUGGUACGCCUGGGCGUAUGGCGGUUUGUGGUGGCAGUCGUACUACACGAUUGUCGUGCUUUUCCACGUGCCAGGCCUGAUCAACUGCGUCAUGCAGGUGAUGCCUGGUCUCACGAACUGGACGCGGCGUACUAAGUUUGCUCCAGUUGCCUUCAUUCGUGAUAUCGUGAGCCCGAUGAACCGUCUGUACGUGGGCGACAACGUGUUGGACCCUGAGUCUAUGAGCCUCGGCUACCAGUUCUUCUGGGCUUCGCAGCUGGCUUGGAAGCUGUACUUCAGCUACAAGUUUGAGAUUUAUCCGCUCGUGGUGCCCACGUUCUUGUUGUUCGCUGAUCACGUGGAGAACAACGUGAGCAUGAUCACGACGGUGUUCCUCAUCUUUUUGAACUGGAUGCCGUUCUUCUUGGUCUUCUGCGUGGAUAUCACCAUUUGGAACUCGAUCUGGAUGGCCUUCACGGGUACCUUUGUUGGCUUUUCAUCGCACAUCGGUGAGAUUCGCAACUUCAGCCGAGUUCGCACAGCAUUCAGCCGCGCUGUGGAUGCGUUUAACGCCAAGGUGAUCGCCCGAAACUCGAAGACCGGCCUUCAGAUAUCAGAGAGCACUGGCAUGUCGUAUGGAUCGACUUCUCUUGGGCACGAGGUGCUGGAUCGUGUCGCCGGUGGCGCGGAUCCGACGUCGCGAAUCCUUUCCCAGCGGCGCACCUCUGUGCAUGAUGACGAGACUCCACUGCUGUCUUUCUCGCGCCGUAAACAGACACCUAUGGAGCGACAGGCUGCGCGUCGGCGCAAAUGGUUCUCCUUCUCUGUGGCGUGGGAUACAAUCAUCGACAGCAUGCGCGCAGAUGACUUGAUCUCGAACAAGGAGAAGGCACUGCUCCAGUUCCACCGCCUUGAUGGUUACCAGCGCGAGAUCUAUCUGCCGCAGUUCCAGUUGGCUGGUUGCUUCGAGAACUUUACGUCAACGAUUCUGGACAUCUACUCGUCCAAUGAUGGCAAGGUGUCGGAGCGUGUUCUGCAGGACAAGUUGCUGGAAAUUCUCAGCGAAAGCCCGAUGGUAGAAGAAUCCGUGGAAGAGAUCUGGGAGCUGGCGAACUGGGUGCUCGUUAAUGUGCUUGGUCCGUGCCACACGAACGAUGUGAAGUACAUUACCAGUGUGCUGAACUCGUGGGCUGCACGAGGUGUGUUCCGUGCGCUUAACCUGCAAAAGAUUGCCCCUUGCGGUCGCGCUUUGGCUGGCCUGGUGUCGCUCCUGAAGUCCAACGUCCGUGCCUGGAAGAACAAUGCCAAGGUUAUCCCUGUGCGCAAGGAUCCGUCCGAUUACGCGUCGUACGAGUUCCCUCAGCAGUCAAGCUCAUACCGCCCCGCAUCGACUGGUCUUACGAAGUCUGCUAGUACGACGGGUCUGUCGUCCCUUGGGUUGGAGCCUCCUCGUCGCAGCCGUGGUUCUGGUGUUGCGCGUAUUGCGCGUAUGCAGCAGCAGACGCACAAGCCCUCGGUCAACAACGGCAAGUCCACGCACUCCAUCCCAAGCGCGCACAUCAUGCAGAUUCGCGAGCGUGUGCGUACAUUCCUGAACUUAGGAAAGGAGAUCCUUGCUCAUGUUCACGAGCAAGACCCGGUGUACGCUGAAAGCAAGGGAAUUUCGGACCGUUUGACCUGGAUUCUCACCCAAGAGCGUGGUUUCAUGUGGGACGACAACUACACAGGGGAGCAGAUUACGCUGACCGCUUUUGAGAGUCACACAGACGUGGUGUUGUCACACCUGCACGGACUUUUGACCUUGCAGAAGAUCGAUGCUGAACCCCAGUCGUAUGACGCGCGCCGUCGGUUGCUGUUCUUCGUGAACUCGCUGUUUAUGGACAUGCCGCUCGCACCCUUGCUCGAAGAGAUGAAGUCGUGGAGUGUCAUGACUCCGUUCUAUGCGGAAGAUGUCCUGUACUCGAGGAAGGACCUGGAGAGCAAGCAGGACGGUUUGGACGUUCACACGUUGCUGUUCCUGCAGACUCUGUACAAGCGGGACUGGGAGAACUUCCUUGAGCGAGUGAAGCCCAAGAAGAAUAUUUGGAAGGACCCGGAGUCUGCGAUCGAGCUGCGUAUGUGGGCUUCCCUCCGUGGUCAGACGCUGUCGCGAACGGUGCAGGGCAUGAUGUACGGUGAAGCUGCCAUUCGUCUGCUUGCUGAGAUCGAACAAGUUCCGCAACAGAAGCUGGAGGAGCUCAUCAACACCAAGUUCACGUAUGUCGUCGCGUGCCAGAUUUAUGGCCGCCAGAAGAAGAACAAUGAUCCGAAGGCAAGCGACAUCGAGUUUUUGCUGCACCGAUUCCCGAACCUUCGCGUGGCUUACAUCGAUGAAGUGCGCGUGAACUACCAGAAGGAGCAGUCAUACUUUUCGGUGCUCAUCAAGGGUGGAGAAGAGCUUGGAUCGGUGCAUGAGAUCUACCGUGUGCGCCUGCCCGGUAACCCUAUCUUGGGCGAGGGUAAGCCUGAAAACCAGAACUCAGCCAUUGUGUUCACUCGCGGCGAAAACCUGCAGACUAUUGACAUGAACCAGGACGGAUAUUUGGAGGAAGGACUCAAGAUGCGCAACCUGCUCGAAGAAUUUGACAAGGGUACGGCUGACCGCCCGUACACGAUUGUUGGUAUCCCGGAGCAUAUUUUCACGGGUAGUGUGAGUUCGCUGGCCAACUACAUGGCGCUGCAGGAGACGUCUUUCGUGACACUGAGCCAGCGCACGCUCGCUCGGCCACUUCGUAUGCGUCUGCACUACGGCCACCCCGAUGUGUUCAACAAGCUGUUCUUUAUUACUCGUGGUGGUAUCAGCAAGGCCAACAAGGGUAUCAACCUAAGUGAAGACAUUUUCGCGGGCUACAACAAUUGCAUGCGCGGUGGAUCUGUGGCUUUCCCGGAGUACACGAAGUGUGGCAAGGGACGUGAUGUCGGCAUGCAGCAGAUCUACAAGUUCGAAGCCAAGCUGGCGCAGGGCGCCGCGGAACAAUCGCUAUCGCGUGACGUGUAUCGCAUCAGCCAGCGCCUGGACUUCUUCAAGCUGCUUUCGUUUUACUACAACCACGUUGGUUUCUACUUGUCGACGUCGAUCAUUAUCUGGACGGUGUACAUUCUUCUGUACUGCAACCUGCUGCGCUCGUUGCUCUCAUUGGAGGGUGUUGGCGGCCGCGAGCCAGUAUUGCUGAGCAACUUGCAGUUGAUGCUCGGAUCAGUGGCGUUCCUCACGACGGCUCCGCUGCUUGCGACGAUUUCUGUUGAACGUGGUUUCAAGGCUGCACUGAACGAGAUCCUUGUUCUUUUCGUCACGGGUGGGCCGCUGUACUUCCUGUUCCACAUCGGCACGAAGUGGUUCUACUUCGGGCAGACGAUUCUUGCUGGUGGUGCGAAGUACCGCGCUACGGGUCGUGGUUUCGUCACGAAGCACUCGUCGUUCGAUGAACUCUACCGGUUCUAUGCUAGCAGCCACUUGUACGCUGCUGUGGAGAUUGCCAUUGGGCUCACGUUGUACUACAAGUUCACGGUCGGCCACCAGUACUUCGCGAUGACUUGGUCGCUGUGGCUUGUGUUCGCUUCAUGGUACUGGUCGCCGUUCUGGUUCAACCCUCUGUCGUUUGAGUGGUCGGAUGUGAUGGAGGACUUCCGUUUGUGGUUCAAGUGGAUGCGUGGUGACGGUGGCAACCCGAACCAGUCGUGGGAGGCGUGGUUCAAGGAGGAGAACGCCUACUUCUCGACGCUUCGUCCGUGGUCAAAGGCUUGCGUUACGAUCAAGGGUGGACUUUUCGCGCUGAUCGCGUUCUCCAUUUCUUCGACCGGCGACGAAUACCACUCGAUCCUGACCGAGUCCACAUGGCUUCCGUUGGUUAUCUGCUGCUCCAUGGCUGCUGUUUAUCUGAGUGCUGAGGCGGUCUUCUUCAAUUCGUCGCGCGCUAAUGGCGAGAACGGACUUGUCCGCUUCCUGAAGCUUCUUCUGGUACUUGUGCUGGGCGCUGGUCUCGUGCUUGCGUUCGUGUACGUCGACGGGAUGUGGCAAUGCCUGCUGAGCAUGGGAUAUCUCGCAGCGGCUGUGGGCUGCUGGGCGCUUGUUCUCCUUGGUAGCAACUCGCGCUUUGUGGGCUCCCUGUACUUCGUGCACGAUGCUGUCUUGGGUCUGGUGUCGCUGAGUCUCAUUUUGUUGCUGGCGGCGCUGUACGUCCCCGGAAAGAUCCAGACGUGGCUUCUCUACAACAACGCUUUGAGCCGUGGUGUGGUGAUUGAAGAUAUCCUGCGUGCCAACUCGAGCAACGACGACCGUGAUGACGACUUGUCGGUACAGCAGAUGCGCUCCAUCAUCAUCGAGCAGCAGCGGUUCAUCAACGUGCUGACGGCUAGUGGCAGUGAGACAGACAUUCGCGCUGCUGGACCAGGAAAGAAGGAGGACCUCAUGCAUGCGAUGAGCGAUAACACGCUUAACGCGGUGCUUCGGAACAUGUCGGAGUCGGAGCUGAGUGCGUUGCAAGAUUCGUCGAGCCGCCUGCAGGCCAUCAUGUCGGAGGAGGAGCGCAAGGUUGCUCAGCGCAAGCAGCAACAGGAAGAGCAGAGACUUGCUGAGGCUGGUAUGAACCCAUCGCUGUCACGCACGCGUCGUGCCUUCUCUACGAGCGAUUUCUCGGCCAUUCCGCCCAACGCGAGCUCGUUCAACCUCCCGAAUGGCUCUGCUGCGCCUGGCAACGGUACCACGAACGCCUCUGCUGCUAACGGCCCUCAUGCUGCGGUGUAG